UAUCAAUCUGCUAUCAAAAUCCGCCCUCCUGCACCUUCAAACACCUGUGCUCUCUUCAAUUGACUCCGUUUUAAGCCCGUUUCCGCAAUGUCCGGCCGUAAGAGAAAGCAAGACGAGGAGGAAGAGCUCGUCUCGCUCCCCAGCGAUGAGGAGGAGGAAGAAGAGUAUGUAGAGGACGAAGAGGACGAAGAAGAGGCGGACGACGAUGAGGAAGAUGAGGACUUUGACGAGGAAGCCGAAGGUGAAGAUGGCGAUGAAGAAGAAGACGAGGAGAACGCCGCCCCAGAACAAGCGCCUCCCAAGAAGAAGCUAAAAACGGCCGCUGCCGACGAAGCUUCCCUUGAGAAUGGCACCGCCGCGAACGGUGACGGAGAGGACGAGGAGGCUGAGGGCGAGGAGGAGGAAGAGGUUGACGAAGAAGAGGAGGAGGAGGAGGAGGUCGGAGAGGAGAAUGGCGAGGAGGAGGAGGCCGAAGGAGAGGAAGAGGAAGAAGGCGGCGAGGACGAGACGGACAAGGUGCCUGCAAAGGCCGUCGGUAAGGUCGCCGCUGCUGCAGGUGAGGAGGCUGAGUCGAAAGCCGCUGCUGCCGGCGGCGACGAGGAGGACUGAGCGGUUUCGCAUCUCGCAGUCCUUCGGUGGCAGCCAAAUGGCCCUGUCUAUCCCCUUCUUCCCGCUAAGUUGCUGUGUCCAACCGGCUGGGUCAUCAUCAUCAUCAUCCUUGCCCUGCCCUCUUCAACACCUCAUGGGCUUGUGCCCUGCGGCCGGUUUGUUUUUCUGCCGGGAAAAUGUUCUUCUGUGAGCCGUUCACCGAGUAUGGAUCAAUCAAGUUAGAAUCAGACAGUUGAAGGCCGUAGCAAGGCUUGACAAACAAUUUGAGCCUCCUCUUUCUCGACCCACG